AUGGCUGCCUCUUUUUUCAAUAAUAAGGCUCGUGCCGCUGCCGCCGCAGCAUCCAGCAGCUCUAAGCUCAAGGCUGGCGACAACAAGGAAGACUCAACUAAACUCCAGCCGUGGGUUGAGAAAUAUCGCCCCAAGACCCUGGAUGAUGUUGCUGCGCAAGACCACACGACCAAAGUCUUGCGGCGCACUCUGCAAGCUUCAAACCUCCCCCAUAUGCUCUUCUACGGACCCCCCGGCACAGGAAAAACAUCCACAAUCCUCGCCCUCGCCAAAUCCCUCUUCGGGCCCGCCCUUUACCGCUCCCGAAUCCUCGAACUCAACGCCUCCGACGAGCGCGGUAUCGGCAUCGUCCGCGACAAAGUGAAGAAUUUCGCGCGAGCCCAGCUCUCCCAACCAACAGGCCUGGACGCCGCCUACCGCGCACAGUACCCAUGUCCACCAUUCAAGAUCAUCAUCCUCGACGAGGCAGACAGCAUGACGCAAGACGCACAGUCCGCUCUGCGCCGCACGAUGGAGACAUACAGUCGGAUCACACGUUUCUGUCUUGUCUGCAACUAUGUCACGCGCAUCAUCGAGCCGCUCGCUAGUCGCUGCAGCAAGUUCCGGUUCAAGAUGCUGGAUAAUAGCGCUGCUGGUGAGCGGAUCUCGAAUAUUGCACAGCAGGAGGGCCUGCAGCUUGAGGAUGGGGUUGUCGAUACGCUUAUCCGGUGUGGCGAGGGUGAUUUGCGUCGUGCUAUCACGUAUCUGCAGAGCGCGGCGCGCUUGGUCGGUGCUACGAAGCCGCCUGCCGUGAAGGAUGCUGAUGAUGAUGCGGAGAUGACGGAUGUGGAUAGUAAUUCUAGUGUUAUUACGGUUAACAGCAUUGAAGAAAUCGCCGGUGUGCUGCCGGAUGAUGUUUUGGAUUCUCUUAUCGAGGCUAUGCAGCCUAAGAGUGGUGCGUCGGCCUACGAGGCUGUCUCGGGGGUGAUUACGGAUAUUGUGGCUGAUGGCUGGAGUGCUACGCAGCUGGUUGGACAGCUAUACCGGCGUGUAGUGUUCAACGAGGCAAUCCCCGAUAUUCAGAAAAACAAGAUUGUCAUGCUCUUCUCGGAGGUCGACAAGCGGCUGGUUGAUGGAUCCGAUGAGCAUCUAUCCAUGUUGGACCUGGCAUUACGCAUUGCUGGAGUUCUGCGUGGAAACUAG